AAGGUGUAAUGCAGUAGGCAAGAGGCAGUUGGCCGGCAGGGAGUACUGGGAGAAUGUGUUCAUUUGUGAGACUGGGGUCCCCCAAAGCUUUGCAAACUUCCCUGGAGCCAAGUACAGCUUCCCCGUUAGAGAUGAGUACUCCGGGGAGGAUGAGGGCACCUGAAAUCACGGAGGUUGGACUCACUCAGGAACAAAAGGAUGAUAUAAUGGACAGGACACUUAGUGAUUCAAAAUCUCCCUUGGAGCUGGGGCUCGAAAUGAGACUAGGGCAAAAUCGAAGGUGUAGGGAGAGGAUGGCAUCGCCAGAAACAAAAUCAGCACCAUGCCAUGCUAUUGGUGUAGGAGUAGAAAGACAUAGUAUUUCUAGGACACCCGUGGAGUUGAGUAAUUUAGGACCCCACAGGCAUUCCUCCUUCCAGGGGCCAAAAUCUCUGGGUGUGUUACCAGGAAGAGUGGGGUCAGAAAGCAAGGGCCUUCCACCCAAAGGAGGGACACCACAGCCUCCUUUGGGAGCAGGGCAUGGAAGUCCACAGGCAGCAGGGAGCACGGAGAGACCUGCCUCCUGCGGACCUGCGUGGAAGGGUGCUAUAGUGGAAAAGCAGCCCACUGCAGAUUUGGAACUCAGAAAAGAACUGGAAAAAGAGCCCACCUGUGUUGUGGUGAACCCCUACGCAGAAAUGCCCCCUAAGGAGGUAGACAUCGGGUUGCCACAAACCCAGGAAUCAGGUGAAGCCAAGAAUGCAGAGCCUCAAAUAGGUUUAGUGACAGAACCUUCUGAGUGGUCAUUUGCCCAACAACCUGAAGAGAAAAAGGAGCCUGCGUCCAUGGAACCUGGAGUAGAGGCUCCAGCCCACAUCAGGCCCAUAUAUUCUGGGAAAUUCUUUGAUCGGAUGCCUUGCUGGCCAAGCGCAGGAAAAGUUAAGCCAGUUGGAUACAGAGUUGCAGCCUGUUUGACUGAGAAGCUUCCCAGGCUUAUUACUCCCCCAGAGGCAAAGAAGUAUUUCAACUUCAGAUAUCCUCCUCCUGGAGCAGAAAGAGUAUUUUAUGGCAGAGCAAAUGAUCCCCAAAUUGCACCUUGUUUGACACAUGGAAUAAGAUCUAAAAUUUCAAUACCGGUACGCACAUUGGUAAACCCACAGCCCAUUACCACGUUUCAACAGAAAAUUAAAGACAAAAAAGAAUCUAUAUAUUUUAGCAAUCAACGGGCACCAUUGGGAAAAUCUCAUGAUCAAACACCAGGAUUGCCUAAAGGACUGGAUGUGAUCAACACAACAUUUGGGACACCAGUUAUCAGAGAACUGUCUGCUAGUAACAUUGUGAAUCCACCAAAAUCUUUCGAAGAUGUGUUUAAAGAAGGACAGGAAGGACACGAUUUGUACAUUGUUUCUCACCAUGAUUAUUUUGCAGGAGAAGCAAAGAACCGAAAGUAUAACAAAGAAAGUUUCCAUAGGUUUAACUUGUAUGGAGUCCCGACACCUCAUUUUAAUGAUGGACGCACCAUGGCCAAAAGUUUACAUUGGCUGCAUGAACUACAAAUGGAAAGAGGAGCUAAAAUUAUAUCCAAAAGAGCUGAUGACUUCAAAGAAAAGUUUCAACACAAACUUGGAAGAGUUUUAGACCCCAUUGCAGAAACCAUGAACGUUGCCCCAGGCCACACAUUUGGAGCUUGCCUCCAGCCUGAGGAAUAUGGAGCCGGUGAUCUCAUCCAUUACAGACUCCCAGGUGAAUAUCUUCGUGGGAAAGACCGCCAGCGAGCCCUGAUUGCAGCUGCCCGCCACCACUUGAAGAAAUUUAAUUAUCAGCACUUUGACACUUUGCUGUCAGCUUUCAGGCACUAUGACAAGAAGGGAGAUGGGAUGAUUGACAGAGAAGAACUCCAUGAAGCUUGUGACCAAGCAAACCUGCAUCUAGACGAGGUGCUUCUGAACCAGCUGUUUGAGUACUGUGAUGUGGACCAGGAUGGCCUGAUUAACUAUGUGGAAUUUGCCAAUUUCCUUAAUUGGAAAGAUAAAGUACCUCUCACAGAGUAUGAGAAGAGGGUCAUUAUUAAAGGUAGAAAACAAGACUGUAACAACACUACUGAGGCUACCACGGGAGAAGCUGAGCAGCCAACUCUUCUGAUACAGCCUGAAGAUAUAGUCCCCAAAGAACCAGGAAGUUCAGAAGAGACUGUUCGGUUACUCCUGAGACCAAGUGACAAAGUUUCUAACCACUAUAAGACAACUUCUUCAGAGAUCAAUGCAAUUGUUGGAGCUGUUCCUUCUAUGUGUUACCCCAUAUAUGGUGUUCCAACCGUUCGAUCUGACAUUCCUGCUCCUCGGAUUCAUCGUGUCAGUGACAUGAAUAAUUAUGGUGAAGAGGGCAAUGCUUACUCACUGCUGCACCCCUCCAUCUUCUCCCAGAAAGGUGUAUUUGAGAGAGACUUCUUCAAGACCAGAUCAAAGGAAGAGAUUUCAGAUAUAUUAACUAACAUCGGAGUAAAGCUUUCUGAAGAAGAAUUUGAAAAUGUAUGGAAUCUUGCAUCAAAAAAGCACCACAGAGGAGAAGUUUGUGUUGAGACCAUCAGGAACAUUUUAGAUGAGCUGCGGCAUGCAGGCCGAGACAAGUGUAAAACAGUCAUGUGAUAUUU